AUGGCGAUCAAGCACUUCUUCAAGAUCCUCAAAUUGUUUUGUUCAGGCCACACUAUCAAGAAGUCCACUUCCUGGCACGACACGAACGCCGUCGGCCUCAAAAUCGAAAUACCCCAAGCUCAACUCGUUAAGCCUCUCAGGAUGAUUGUCAGGAUGAUUGAGGAUCUGGUUGCUCGCGAUGUGCCCAGCCGCACUCCAGCCUUCAUUGCCGUAACGACCGUCCUUUUCCUCGUCACGACUGCUUUCUUCGCCGCGCGCAUCAUAUGGCGCCAUUCGCAUCAGAUCCAGCGAGGCUGGGACGAUGCUUUCGCCAUGGCGGCCUACAUCAACCUCAUUAUCCUCAGUGCUUUUGGCUACCGGGCCGCACAACUCGGGUUCGGUAAGCACAUGGAUGAUAUCCCCCAUACCCGUGCCCACGCGCUGUACUGGUUCUGGCUCUAUCAGAUCUUCUACAAGAUCCUCGGCGGUCUGACGAAGUUGACGUUCUGCGCUCUGUACCAUCGCAUCUUCGAACGUCAGGAUUAUCGAAAGAUUGUCUGGAUUGUCAGCGGCAUCAUCGUGGCCGGUACGGUCGCCUUCACUUUUGCGACCAUGUUCCAGUGUAUCCCGAUCGCCUACAAUUGGAACAAGACCAUUCCGGGAGGACAUUGUAUUGUGUUUAUGGGAUUCUGGUACACGCACGCGGUCUUCAACACGGCGUUGGACGUCGCCGUCUUCGUCCUGCCGCUACCGCUGAUCCGCACGCUGCAGAUGGCCAAGAGAACCAAAAUCGGGCUCGCGAGUGUCUUCGCGCUGGGUGCGUUUACUAUUGCCGCGAGUAUCGUGCGAAUGGUGGAGCUCCACUCGAGCGCGCAGGCCAUCGCUCACGACCCGACAUGGGGCUCGAUGCCAGCACUCAUCUGGACGGAAAUCGAAGCCAACACGGCCGUAAUCUGCUGCACGCUUCCCGCACUCCGCCAACUCGCCGUGCGCACCUGGCGAACCCUCCGAGGCAAGAAAGGACCGGAGACGCCUUUCAACUCCCAACACUCCCCAUCUCGUCCAGGGGGGGCAUCGCAGGACCCUUUUGCAGACACUUCCCACACGGAUCCUCCGUAUUCUUCAUGGAACCACAACACCGCAGACAGACCAAAUCCCCUCCGAGUCCCCGACCCCCAGCGCUUCGGCACCUUCUCCGAAGCCCACUUCUCCCCCUCCAACCAGGCAAACUACGAAACCAUCCACCUCGACACCCUCUCCCCCACCCAAGCCCCUACUCGCCCCGAACCCCUCCGAAGACCGGGCUUCCUCGAAAAACUCCUCCCGCUCAAGACCUUCCCGCAGAACAGUCGCAGGACGGAAGAUCUGAGCGCGGCAGAGGAGGCCCGUGGUGGUUCUCGAACCGGCCUCAAGAAGCCGCUGCAGCAAACUCCGAUUGCUGCGUCUGCGUUUGGACGAAGGCGGGAGUUCUUUGUGGGUUCGGUUCCUGGUAUGCAGCCGCGAGAUGCUCAGGUUGAUGAUGAUGGAGGGGAGGGCGCGAGGGGGUUGACGUUGGAGGAGAUGUUGCGCGAGGGAUCGUGGGGGAAGGGAUCUUCGGAUGGGAUGAGUAGUCAUUCUUAG